CGCGAGAGUGAGAGUUUGAGCGAAAAUUGCAUGUCCCGACUAGACGUGGAAUACAAUCAGUUUUACUGUGGCGCCCACAUCUGCCACGUAUAGCUACAGGAAGUGGUGCUAUCUCUUCCUGCAGGAUACCCCCGGAGAGCGAGUGUGUUUGUGUGUCUGCAGUUACGUGAGUCAGUAAGGUCUCACAAGAUUCGUGAUAUUAUAUUUCUCUGGAGGUAGAAAGUGUUAUUUUGCAAUUACUAUAAGUGCAACAGCUGAAGUGAAGUGAACCGUCGUAUCAUGAGAAGAGGAUAGCUAAUUAAAUUCGCCCAGGUCUAUGAAACCAUAGUUUGUGGGAAACGUUGUUCCCAUGAUUUGAUACAGCGUUCGCCUAAAAAUAGCAGCAUCACAUGAAAAAAGGAUAACAUCGGAAUGGCGCGGUGCUUUUGUGAAAAAAGAAAGGUUUCAGUGAAGUAACGUGAAUCAAACCAGUCGGUAGUGCAAUCAGCGGCGGUGAACAAAACACAAAAUUAGCCGGUAACCAUGGGUUGUGAACUGACCAAGCUAGCCGGUGGAACGGGCGGCAGCAGUUCCAAGGGGAAUAAUGCACUGCCCAGUUUGGACGCGGGUGGACCACCGCCAGUCGACAGCCGGCUGCCGCUCACUGCCAAGCAGAAGUACACCAUGGUGGCCUCCUGGAAGGGCAUCAGCCGAGCGAUGGAACCCACGGGGGUUAACAUGUUCAUCAAAUUAUUCGAGGAGCACGCGGAACUGCUGACUCUUUUCACCAAGUUUAAGGAGCUCCGAACGAAGGAGGAGCAAGCGACGUCCGAGGAGCUGCAGGAGCACGCCAACAAGGUGAUGACCACACUGGACGAAGGCAUCCGCGGUCUGGACGAUGUAGACACGUUCCUGGAGUUCCUGCACCAGGUGGGGGCGUCCCAUCGGAGGAUUCCCGGCUUCAAGCAGGAGUACUUUUGGAGAAUAGAGGAACCGUUCCUGUCGGCGGUCGAGACCACGCUGGGCGACCGGUACACGCAGAAUGUCGAAGGAAUUUACAAACUAACCAUCAAGUUCAUAAUCGAAACGCUGAUCGCCGGCUAUGAAACUACAAGUGCCAACAACAAUGAGAACGUCAACAAUGCGAACCUUUCCACGUCGUCGGGAUCGCGGGCGGCGGGCCCAACGACAAACAGCAGCGACAGCAGCAAAAAGACCUCCUGA